AUGUACUUUUCCGUGCGAAGUGGCUUGGAGUGGUGGGCUAGCGCGGCCAUCAUCCUGGCCUACAUCGGCCUCACCAUCUACUACCGCACAGAUCCCGAUGAGCCUGGGUUCAUCUUCCUGCUGGUCGUCAGCGUGACUACCUACGUGGUGUGCCUGGCCGUCGGGCAGCUCUGGCCGCGACUGCCCUUUGUCCCACACCGCGUCUUCUGGACCGACCCCGCCCACCCCCAGCGUAGAGAGCGCCUGGCCAAGCUGGCUCACCUCUUCCUCGGCCGGAUCAACCUGUGGAUCGUGGCCAUGCUGGGCUUCGGAAUCGUGGCGGUGGCGCAGCUGUUCGUGGCCCGCCCCUACGAGUGGCUCAUCUGGGUCGACGUGUGCUUUGGCAUGUGUGUGGUGCUCUACGGGCCCGACCGCGCGCGGGUGCUGGAACGAAAGGCCGCCGGCAAGAUGACGGCGGACAAUGACUACGACGAUGAGUACGGGGUCGGAGUGGAGGAGGAGGAGCGCGGGGAGCGCAAGGCCCUGCUGCCCAUUGCUGGGGGGAACGUGGCGGCCACGCCACUCAAGACCUACGCCGCCACCGACAACCUCAUCAUCACCACCACCACCUCAUCAUCAGACCUCACACCAAGCACCACCUCGGCCUCGCCGACACCGACAUCGCCGACCGCCGAUGGGAAUGAAGUCGAGCGAAGACGUGAUGACGGUGGGAACGACUGA